AUGGGCAAGAAGCGCUCUCUCAAAAAAAAAGUCUGGACUCCCAUCAUCGUUGACAAUACUGCUGAACGAGCUGAACGUCGCGUGAAGAGACUCAAAAAGCUCGACCCUGACCCGGAAGCAGAUACACGGCUCAAGAAAUGCCAUCAGGACCAGAUUUUGAAAUUACUGGUUCCAAGUUACCGACUUGCCAUUGCCCAAGAUCAAAUCAACGCUUACUUUAACCACGCCUCGCUUAUUUGGUUCCUCCGCUUUCCUGAUGCUGAGGCUGAAGUCCAUGUGCAUAAGGCGUUUCUUGGUGAUACCGAGUAUGAGACCCACAUCCGCAACCAACGUAUCAAGUGGCUCAAAACUAAGCUCCAAUGGGUCGCCUUCCGCGUUCCGGCGAAGGGUGGCCGCUCUGGGUCCAAGCUGUCGAGUUGGGACAAGGAGUUGAAUCUGGUGAUUCAGAAAAUCGCAGAGGAUCUCCCGACGCCUUGGGAUCCCGCAGAUUGCGAGGGCUUGAGUGGUACCUACCACUUUUAUGAUAAAACCUGGGCAUUUGCCUGCACAGUCUUUUCAAUCCCCCCAACUAUUUCAUUCCUACCCACCACAUUUUUCAUUUCUCCUUGGCAAUGA